AUGGCUCUCGAUCAAGAUCGGUCGCCCAUGCUGUGCCGAUUCUCAAAAAUAAUAAAGCCCCCACCAUAUGAAAAACUCGCCGUCGUCUCGCCGGUACCGAAGAACAGCCUACUCGAUGGUGGCAGAGCGAAAGACAAAAGCGUGUCGGCCAAUGAGCGUCGAUCGCCGCAGGCUUACCAAUCGGACUGCGUGAUCUGCACCUGUCCAGGUGCUGCUACUCCUGCUGAUGACGCCGCAGACGAUGCCUAUUUCAUUAUGCCACGAAGCAAGGCGAAGUUUAUUUCAAAGAACUUAAGACAAACAUGGAGACGUGAAGAUAUGGUUAAGGCUAUGGACGGUGUUAAUAACAAAAUAAUGGGUCUUAAAACUGCAAGCAAACAGUUCAGCGUGCCACGAUCUACACUUCAAAGACUGUUAAAAAAACAAAAGGAAGCUGCAAUGAGCGCUGGAGGUCAAUUUGUACCGCCCAUGUUAAUUUUCCCGAGAAAAAAUCGCAACGAACAGCUGAUGCGAGGGGCUCCUCCAGGUUCAAUCUAUGCAGUACAUCCAAGUGGGUGGGUGCAACAGAAUUUGUUUUCCGAUUGGAUGAGGCAUUUCAUAAAAUUUGUUAAACCAACAAAAGAAUGUCCAGUUCUGCUAGUGUUAGAUGGCCAUUAUAGCCACACACGAAACUUAGAAGUAAUUCGACUAGCUCGUGAAAAUCAUAUUUCCAUUAUCUCUUUGCCGCCUCACUCAACUCAUAAAUUACAACCCCUUGAUAAAACAUUCAUGGGAAGUUUCAAGGCUUAUUACAGUGAGGAAAUUAGAAAUUGGCUUCGUGUUAACCAACGAGCCCUCACACAGUUUGACUUGGCAGAACUUUUAGGUAAAGCCUUUUUAAAAUCACAGUGUGCCGAAAUAGCUGCUAGUGGUUUUAGGGCGACGGGAAUAUAUCCGUUCAACCGUCACAUUUUUUCUGAAGCAGAUUUUAUAUCUGAACGAAUUCAGGCUGAGAAAAACUGCAACAUUUUUCCUCAAGCGCAGCCUGUCACAACAGAACCCCAGCAUGGUACCCCAGAACCUCAGCCAGGAUGUUCUCUUUGGGACGAUACAGCUAAAUUACAAUCCCAGGCAACAUCGUCGCCGUCAAAUUCCAAUUUCUCUAGACCAUCUGUUCCAGGAAAGGAAAAUUCCGUUAAAUUGGUCUCACCAUUUGACAUUUCACCUGUACCUUCUGUCACAAAGAAAAAUACCACUCGGGGAAGAAAAUCAACUAAAUCGCAAGUGAUCACCUCUUCCCCCUACAAGGAUGAGUUAGAGAAAUCCUGCACCAACACGCCUAAGAAAGCAAGCACCAAACGACAAGUCUUUUUAAAAUCAAAAGCAAAGAAGACAACUAACAAAAAAAGACAGCAAGCAAAAGACAAUAAAGUCAACGACUCUGAGGAUGAAAGUCACGAGUUUGUCCCAGACGAUGAAGAUAUGGAUAUCGACGAAAUUGGCAAAUCUGUUCCUGAUGACUGUGAUACAGCAUGCCUAUUUUGUGAUGGUUGCUUUUCCGAUGACCAGAGAGGAGAGCUAUGGAUUCAAUGCUUCAUGUGCAAUCAAUGGGCUCACGAACAAUGUUCAGGUGCCGAAAAAGAUGCAUAUAUUUGUGACUUUUGCGUGUCGUGCCAAAAUCAAAUCUUCCUUAUAAGACGUGAAGUACGGAGUGUGAUAAUCGAAAACAGCAACAGUAAAAAGGACCGAAACAGAGAAAGGGGAGAGAGCGGGAGCAGCGCCAGUGCCAGCGAACGUUCAGUUCCAGAAGUGCGCGCGUGUGAUAUGACAAUAAUUACAGACCUCUGCGAGCAGGAAAACGGGAGAGAACGGCAAAGCAGAAAGAAGCCAUCUCUUUGUGUGCGUGCGGUGCGGAUCUGGCUGUGA